CACGGGUCAUGGUUUAAGACCUUCUGUUUUUUCAGGUGUUAAAGGAUAUGUAUGGGUAGUCUGGUUGCACUUCGGUUAUAGUUUAACGUCGCGUGCUCAGCUAUAAGAUGGUCUCUGUAGUCCUUCGCACCUGUUUAAAAAGAUCGUGCAAAAUGUGUACAAAACAAACGAAACGAAUUUGAAAGAAAAGUCUAAACCGUGCAAUUGCUGUGAUAUUAGGUCUGGAUGCAAAAAUCGAUUGAGGUAAUUAGUUUUCUUUCUGUUGUUAUCCUCUGGGAGAAGCCAUGAAUACCUUUGCUGCAAUACUUCAAAUAGUCCGCAUGGCGGCGCUACAAAAGAAAUGCUGACGCCCGUUAAUUUUUGUAGCACGCCCUGUUGUCCCCCUCUGGGACAGGGUUGUGUCAUUGGGUCACCAGGGGUGAUAAUCAAAUAAAACUGGUCAUAACCUGCCAGCAAACGGGAGGGUUGGACAUGUCUGUUUAGGGCUGCAACAUUCGUGAUUCAAAAAUAUUGCCAACGCGCGGAUCCAAGGAAAGCAGACGACUUUUCAGGGGCAACUAGUUGUUCUUCGGAACCUUGGCUGUCUACGUGCGGGUCGUGCUUUGGCUGAGAUUAAGUCUUCUAGAUCUUCACUCUUCAUGCGCACAGAACAUCGCCUCCGGCUACAACACAGCAACACCUGACGGUGGGCGAGAGUAGAGCUCAGACUGAGUGUGGCGAGGGAUUUGUACCGAAAAAUCGACACUAGGGACACAGACUGACGAAAUAAGGACGAUGGCUUCAGUUGGCGAGUUAACCAGGGAAAGCCUGGACCGAUUCAACUCCUCCAUGGAGCUACAGCCGCCCGCGAACACGACUCGAAGGUUGUCCUUCGCCGCAACACGGAAGUCCUCGAUCCAGUCCAUCAGCUCUCACGAUGGGGACGUGCCACCUAUGAUGACACGGCGGAUGUCACGUCGAGAGUCUCGGGUCAGCUUGAGCAUGGGCCCGACUAGAAGGUUCUCCUACGCCGGUAUGGGAUCCAUAGCGUCCAGAAGGUUCAGCACGGCAGCGAUGUCUACCCGCUCCAGCAAGACCACCUUCCCGGUAGUGGUCGCGAACACCUACAAAAUGACUCCCGAUGAUGGAACCAAGUUCUCGCCGGCCAAAGUCGAGACAAUGCUGAAUCUUGUCUUGCAUCAGUUCCUUGAGAACGAGACCUACCGCCAAGAGAACGUAGGCUUCCUUACUAGAAGGCUGACGGAGAAUAUUAAAGAUCGGGUGAAGGAGCUGAAUUUCCCGAGGUACAAGAUCGUCUGCCAUGUGUACAUCGGGCAGAGCGGGAACAACUCGCUGGAGGUGGCGAGCAGGUGUGUGUGGGACCCGCAGAACGAUAACUUCGCCACCGCCACCUUCCAAAAUGGAUCGCUCUUUGCCGUAGCGACUGUUUAUGGCGUUUACUUUGAAUAACUUCAAAGUUUGACCACAGACAAGGUGUUAAGUUUUAAGGACGGAAGUGAACAAAAAAAGACAAGAUAAAUAACCUUUAAGACUGUCUGACCUAUAAAUACGGCCAAAUAUUUCUGUAUCGAAGAAACUAUGCGCCUAGAAGCUAAUCUUGGACGUAUGUUGUUUUGCUCUCACUA